AUGCCGAUUUCAGAGCUUGAGAAGAAAUGGACUGGGCUCACUUUCGAGAUUGCCGCUGAAGAGAUGCGUCGUCUCAAAUCAACGCCAUCUGAAAGAGAGCAAAUGAAAUUAUACGGGCUGUACAAACAAGCUCUUCAUGGUGAUAUUCCGAAUGAAGAUGUAUAUCCUGUGCCAGCAGGAAACGAGCUUGGAAUGAAGAAGUAUGCCGCGUGGAAGGCUCAGAAGGGGCUCAACUCUGAAAAGUGCCGUUCGGAAUAUGUGACGAUUGCUGAANAGAUGAUCAAGAAAUACGGGCGGAACAUAGUACAAUGCAAGUGGAACAGCGAAGUUUGGUCCGUCGAUUAUUAG